AUGAGUGUAUAUUUUGACAUGUGUAAAACAUUCACGCUUAAUGUAUGAACACCAAUUGUGGGAAAUGCUAUUGUUAAACCUGUUUAUGCCGGUUAUCUGAGCAUUUUCUAUUGUCCUACGUUAUGCAGCAGAUCGCGCAUAUAUAACUUGGUCGCACGAUGCGUUUAUAGACAUUUUGACUACAACCGAGCAUGGGGUUUUGGAAGUACAAGCAAUUCACCAAGUUAGGCGCAUUAGCGGUUGUGUGUUAUGUACUUUGUUGUAUGACACAAAUGCGGGAACCAUGUUGUGGAGGUGGCGCUUCUAAACACGACGCCAAUUUAUCUAUAACUCAGAACUCUGUACCUGAUGUCAUCGGAUUGGGAAUACGAAAAUGCGGGACUGGUGUUUUCGUCAAGUUUCUGGAAAAGCACGGGUCGUUUGCUAUUCCGAAGUAUAUUAACUACGAAACUGAAUACUUUACCCGUAACUAUGUGAAAGGGCUGGACUGGUACAAGUCUUUAUUCAAGGAUGUGGCUAGUGAUAAAGUUAAAGUUGAAAAAACACCGCAUUAUUAUUAUACUGAGCCCUAUGACAUGGCGGAAAGAAUGCUGAAGUUAAAUCCUAAUUUAAAAGUCUUCCUCAUACUUUGUGAGCCAGCUGCAAGAGCAUAUUCUUGCUUUGUUCAUCAUAACUUUGAUCUAUUUGGAAAAUAUGAAUGGCCGGAGUUUUUCGAACGUUAUGUGAACAACACUCUGCCGAACUUACAGGAAUGGUUGCAGGAAUAUACUUACCAACAACAAGAAACGCUGGUAAUGGAAAGGUGGUGGGGGCGAUCCGAGUGUCUGAUUGCCGGUCUCUAUGCGCUGCAUUUGAAGCGAUGGAAAGCCAAAUUUGACGAUUCGAAGCUCUUGAUUUUAAACGGGGAUGAAAUCAUGCGAAACCCUGGACCUUCAUACGAAAAGUUCCAGGAUUUUGUUGGCGUUGAAAGAAGAUUGCGGCAGGAGGACUGGGUUAAAAACAACGAAACUGGACACUUCUGUCUUCGCCCACCAGCUGACAGGUCCCAGAUUUACUGCUUGGAUGACGGAAUAGCAAAAGCGAGAACCAGGAGCUUGUUGGCAGCCAAUACACCGACGAUCGAAAGCUUGGCUGCACUAAAAGCAUUUUACGAACCAUAUAACCAUAUGUUGUAUGGUAUUUUGGGCGAAAACUACGGUUGGUAGGAGAAAUGUUCCGGAUCGUGUUUUUAACAAUUAGCAACGGACUGAGUCGUGAGGCUACGAACUUUUAAAGUUGUGAGGCUACUAUAUAUCUUUUUGGUUGUUGUUUUGUUGUUUACUACAAAACGGUGCGCUUCAAGAAAAUGAAAACAUGUACCAUUUUACCCCAAUCUAUAAUAUCUUUAACGAAGAUCAGUAAUUUAUCCGCAAUGCCUAUAUUUCCUUUGUUAUGCAGAUUGUUUUGAAUAAAAUAUAAAAAAUCUGAAACGCCCUUUGAGGCAUAUACCUUUUAUCAGUUCAAUGGUUACAAAACCGAUUGUAAUCAACGUAUCUUGAACGAGUUUCGCGCCUCGUUUUAUGCCUGAGUUCUUUUGCGAAAUCGUCUACUUCGUUUUAAUGUAGCUUUCUUGUGCGUUUCUCUCGUUUCUUGUA